AUGCGCGCCGUGGUCAUCCUCUGGUGCCUGUGUCCCCUGGACUCCGUGGUCUCUGAGACGAUAGAGACCGCGUUUGAGGAUGUCGCCAUGCUGCAACAUGGGAAACAUCGUUUCCCGACGGCUGUGGUGAUCGUCGACGAGGUCAAGAAGAACACCAAUGCACGCGCUGACCAGCUUGACGAGAAGAUUGAGCGUGCCGAAGAGACGCAGCAGGCCUCUCAUGAGAAUCUGACCGCCCAGCUGCAGAACCUCCAUGAGAAAACGGAGGCUGUGGAGACCAAUCUUGCAAACAAGCUCGACAGCAUUCACCAGAAGCAGGAGGACUCCGAGGAGCUCCUCUCAGGCAAGCUCGCGAAGAUCCAGGAGAAGCAGGGGGUGGAUACGGCGAACAUAUCGGAGAAGCUUGAUGACAUACACCAGAAGCAGGAGGAUGUCGAGGCCACCCUCACCAACACUCUCAGCGACAUCUACCAGAGACAGGAGGACGUGAAAGGCGAGCUGACGCAGAAGCUCAACAACAUCCACCAGACACAGCGGGACGUCAAGGCGAAUCUCAGCGACCAGCUUGGGGACAUGGACCAAAAGCAGCAGGAAGCAGAAGCCAAGCUGACACAGAAGCUCAAUACCAUCCACCGGACGCAGGGAGAUGCGGAGGCGAAUCUGACGGAAAAGCUUUUGGACAUCUCAGACAAACAAGAGGAUGUGGAAGCAGCGCUGACACAGAAGCUCGACAACAUCCACCAGAUGCAGAAGGACGUCAAGGCGAAUCUCAGCGACCAGCUUGGGGACAUGGACCAAAAGCAGCAGGAAGCAGAAGCCAAGCUGACACAGAAGCUCAAUACCAUCCACCGGACGCAGGGAGAUGCGGAGGCGAAUCUGACGGAAAAGCUUUUGGACAUCUCAGACAAACAAGAGGAUGUGGAAGCAGCGCUGACUCAGAAGCUCGACAACAUCCACCAGAUGCAGAAGGACGUCAAGGCGAAUCUCACCGACCAGCUUGGGGACAUGGACCAACAACAACAGGAGUCGUAUCGCAAUUUCUCCAGCAAGCUGAAGAGCCUCCAUGACAGGACCGAGGCCAUUGCGGCAAAUAUCACGGACAAGCUGCGUGACAUCCACCAGAAGCAAAAGGACGCGGAGGGCAACUUGGAGAGCAUCCUGCGCGACACGAUCCACCAGACGCAGGGAGAUGUCGCCGCGAACCUCACAGAAAAGCUUACCGACAUCUACGACAGACAGGAGGAUGUGAAAGCCGAGCUGACUCAGCAGCUCGACAAAAUUCACCAGAAGCAGAAGGAUGUAGAAGGCAACCUCACUGAGAAGCUCAGCAACCUCAACGACACUCAGGGGGCGUUGCUGGACGACACCCAGGUGAAAGUCCAGGACUUUGAGGGCCGAAUCAUGGACAAGUUGGAGAACAUCAGCCAGAUGCAGGAGGAUGUGCUCAGCAAGAAGGUGGAAGACCUCGAAACGAGGCUCCAGGUCUUGGAAGAUCGCUCCGCUAUUACGAACAUUCUCGUGAGAUCGAUUGACUCUUCAGUCCGUGCAACUGCAUCUAGCUGCAGUUUGUCAGAUGCCAGGAACGUGAUGAUCAUCCAGGGGCCCAAUGCUUCGACCUCGAAGACGUAUGACCUCUUCACAGCCGUUGUGGCGCAGAGGGCUGGAAUUGUCACCCACAAGCUGCUGGGAUCAUUGGAGCUGGAAGACUUCGAGGAUCUCUCCACGGUGAUCCUGGCCCCGCAGGAAGACGAUGCGGGCCAGCCACAGGGCACUGUGGAUAAUGUGCAGCUGCAGCUUGUGGCCGACUGGUACAACUACAACAAGUGUGGGGUGCUGGUCAUCUUGGCGGAGUUCGCGUCCACUUCAAGCUCAGGCUUUAGUGUGGACACGGCGAACGCCAUUUUAGAACGCUUGUAUCCAGAAACGCCGCUUCGCGUGUCGACGAGGUCCCUCGGGCCGCCUUCGUGCCAAAACGACCAGAUUGAAGCAUUCCUCGAUCCAUUCUUCUUUGAUCCCGUGACGCAGCUUGCAUCCACCACGGCCGUGGAGGUGACUGGCGGUGGACGGGCACUGCUGAGCAUCAACGGCAAGACAUUGGCUCGCCUUGCAAACACGAACCGUUUGGUGGUAAUUGGCGACGACGAUUUCCUCAACGACGAGUGCCAGUCAGGGUGGUCGGAAAUAGGAAACACCGCCUUUGCCAACAACCUCUUGGACCUAGCUGCAACGCUGCUUCCGCCGGCCCCAGAACUGCCAGAAGCUCUGACGGUCGGGACCACCAACACGUCCAACGCCACUUGA